AUGAUCCAGUCCUGCCUGUACUACUAUCCCCUGGAUUACCUGUUGAACCACUCCCGUGCACCUCCACCAUCAUACAUCUGCUUUCGCUGUGGACAGCCUGGCCACUAUCUCAAGUACUGCCCAACAAGCGCGUACAGGAGACUUGACACUGCUCCCAGAGUGAAGAGGAGCACUGGAACUGGCAUGAGUUUCAUGGUGGAGCUGUGUGAUCCCAACACGGAGGGCGCGAUGCUGACAAGAGAUGGGAAAUACACCAUCGCAGCCACUAAUGCGGCAGCUUUUGCUCAAAAAAAGGAUGAAAAACCUCCCUUCUUGCCACAGGAGCCAUCCUCCUCCUCCUCCUCCUCCUCUGCUGUUCUGAUUCCCGAGGAGCUGUUGUGUCCGCUCUGUAAAGAGUUAAUCAGGGACGCAGCCGUUAUUCCCUGCUGCCGAAGCAGUUACUGCGACUACUGCAUUAGAAGAGCACUGCUGGAGUCUGAGGAACAUCAGUGCCCAACGUGUCAUCAGACAAAUGUUCCUGCCGGCUCUUUAGAGGCCAACAAGUUCCUGCGCAAGCAAUGUCCUUCGCUCUCUAUGCUCAAAAGCCAGAUGGACCUUUUUGGUAAGUGA